CGAGGAGGGGCUUUGCAAGGGAGGAUAGUAAUUAUAUGAAGGAGAAGGUUGGAAAGAAGAAGGAUUUCUUUGAGCCGGGAGAUUUUGUUUUGGGAGACAUAGUGUGGGCAAAAUGUGGAAAGAAUUACCCUGCUUGGCCUGCUGUGGUGAUUGACCCGUUAUGGCAAGCACCUGAGGCUGUUCUAAGGGCUUGUGUUCCAGGCACGCUCUGUGUGAUGUUUUAUGGCUACUCCAAAAGUGGGCUAAGGGAUUAUGGGUGGGUCAAAGCUGGAAUGAUCUUUCCUUUCCAAGAGUAUGUGGACAGAUUUCAGGGGCAGACUAAGUUGUAUGGCAGCAGACCAAGUGAUUUUCACAUGGCAAUAGAAGAGGCAAUUCUAGCUGAACAUGGUUACACUGAUAAACGCCCUGAGAUGGAACAGGAGACAUCUCCAGCAACUAAUGACAGUGGAAUUGAAGAGGCCACUGGAUCGAAUCAGGAGCUGGACUUGUGUUUCUCUGACCAGCAGGAUGGAUAUGAUAAGAGGAAAGACACUCGACGAUGUGACAGCUGUUAUUUGAUUUUUCCAUUUCGAACCAUGAAGAAAGUUAAAGAUACAAUGUCCAAGGCCCAGUUUUUCUGUGGGCAUUGUGUUAAGUUGAGGAAAUCAAAGCAAUAUUGUGGCAUAUGCAAGAAUAUUUGGCAUCAUUCAGAUGGUGGGGACUGGGUGUGUUGUGAUGGUUGUGAUGUCUGGGCGCAUGUGGAGUGUGCAGAUAUUUCCAGCAAUGUUUUAAAGAAUCUACAGAACACUGAUUACUUUUGCCCUGAGUGCAAAGCAAAUUCUGACAAAAAAAUGUCGGUCUCAGAACAGCGGGGGGCAAUAGCAAGUGUUUCAAACAGAUUAAAAGAGAGCAAUGGAAGUGUGAUGCCUGACAAGAUUACUGUCGUGUGCACUGGCGUCGAAGGGAUUUAUUAUCCUGAUCUUCACUUAGUUCAAUGCAAGUGUGGUUCUUGUGGAACAAGGAAGCUAACACUUAGUGAGUGGGAGAGACAUACCGGUUGCCGAGCAAAGAAAUGGAAGUGCAGCGUGAAAGUGAAGGGCUCAAAGAUAACAUUGGACCAAUUGCUUUCAGAUCAUAAUGCUUAUAACUUUACCUAUCAGAAGUUUACCUAUCAGAAGUUAGAUCACCAGCAGCUGUUUGCAUUUUUAAGAGAGAAGUAUGAACCUGUUCAUGCAAAGUGGACUACAGAGAGAUGUGCUAUUUGUAGAUGGGUUGAGGAUUGGGACUAUAACAAAAUAAUCAUAUGCAAUAGGUGUCAAAUAGCCGUCCAUCAGGAAUGCUAUGGAGUUAGCAAUCUUCAGGAUUUUGCUUCGUGGGUCUGCCGAGCAUGUGAGACCCCAGAAAUUGAACGAGAAUGUUGUCUUUGUCCAGUCAAAGGUGGUGCACUAAAGCCAACUGAUAUUGACUCCCUGUGGGUUCACGUCACAUGUGCAUGGUUUCGGCCAGAAGUUGCUUUCCAUAAUGCUGAUAAAAUGGAGCCUGCCGUUGGGCUUCUUAGAAUUCCUCCAAACACUUUUUUGAGGGCAUGUGUGAUCUGCAAACAAGUUCAUGGAUCAUGCGCUCAGUGUUGCAAAUGUGCUACCAAUUUUCAUGCUAUGUGUGCUUUGAGGGGUGGAUAUCAUAUGGAAUUGAACUGCUCGGAGAAGAAUGGUGUACAGAUAACAAGAUGGUUAUCAUAUUGUGCCUUUCACAGGGCCCCAGACACAGAUAAUGUCUUGGUCAUGCGGACUCCCUUUGGAGUGUUUUCUACAAAAAGUUUGGUUGAAAGACAAAGUCAAGAACAUAGUUUGAGAGGUCGACGGCUCAUCUCAUCUAAGGCUCUUGAAUUCCCUGAGGCAUCUGAUACUGGGACCAGUAGCUUUGAGCCAUUCUCUGCUGCAAGGUGUCGUAUCUUUCAGAGAUCUAGCAAUAAGAGGGUUGGACAAGUGGCAGUAUUCCAUCGACUGAUGGGACCAAGGCAUCAUUCUAUAGAAGCAAUAGAUUGCUUAAACUCACAAGAAUUGGCUGGAAAUGUGAAGGCUUUUUCAACACUCAAAGAACGGCUGAUCCAUCUACAGACGACGGAAAGCCGGAGAGUUUGUUUUGGUAAAUCUGGAAUACAUGGAUGGGGCCUCUUUGCACGUCGAAGCAUUCAAGAAGGAGAAAUGGUCCUUGAGUAUCGUGGGGAACAAGUGAGGCGUAGUGUUGCUGAUCUAAGGGAGGCACGCUAUCGGCUGGAGGGAAAAGAUUGUUAUCUGUUUAAAGUAAGCGAAGAAGUGGUAAUUGAUGCCACAAAUAAAGGGAAUAUUGGACGCUUAAUCAAUCAUUCGUGCAUGCCUAAUUGCUAUGCGAGGAUCAUGAGUCUGGGUGAAGAGGAGAGCCGGAUAGUUCUUAUAGCUAAAAGCAAUGUCUCAGCUGGUGAUGAGUUGACGUAUGAUUAUUUGUUUGAUCCUGAUGAGCAUGAUGAUCUUAAAGUGCCCUGCCUAUGUGGAGCUCCGAAUUGCCGGAAGUUUAUGAACUAGUGUAGCUGAAGUACAGGAUUUAUUCUUACAGUGACGUGCUGACAUGAAUACAGCAAAUCUUUUUCUUUUAUUAUUUAAACAGCCAACAGUUUUGUCAUUCUUACUCCAAUUGCAUUAAUUUUAAGUUGUAAAUAAGAUGUAUACACCAGCUAUUUAGCUGGCAUUUUACAUUCUUCUUCAUAUCGUGAAAGCUUCUUUCUUCUCACAAAGGAAAAAGGAAAAAAUUGUUGAAUAACUGCUAUGCUAUUUGAUUUAUUUGGCAGAAGAAGGCUAAAUUGCAUUGUGAGUUUUGAAUCAA